AUGUCGAAACUACAACACUGCCGAAAUGCAUUGGAGGACUUGAUUAUUUGUGUGAUUUUGGUUUUAGAGGUCAACCAAUUUGCAGCCGGGGUGUCUGGUUUCACUAUUUCGAUACGUGAGGGCCAGGAGGUGACACUUCCGUGCAUGCUGCCACCUGGUGGAAUGUCCGGUUACACGGUUGCUUGGAUGUUUGGGCAUAAACAGAUUUCUGAAAAUGAAAAAAUCACGGCGAAAAGCGAGGCUCACCGAAUGGUAAUUGACCGUCCACACAAAAGCGAUUGGUUUCUGCGGAUAGGUGACACAAAAAAGUCCGACGCUGGGGUCUACGUGUGCCUCAUGGACCGAACAGUUGUGGUCAAUGCGAAGCUGGUCAUUGAAUACCCACCGUCGAUCACGGGUUACAAGUCGUUUGACGUGCAUUACCGCGUGUGCGAAGGGACGCCACGUGUGACGUUAUGGUGUAACGUCACCGGCGUACCGCGGCCUACAAUACGUUGGUUCUACCUCAAGACACAGACAAGUGAACGCAAGUACAUAGGUUUGUUAAAUGAAAUGGUUGUGUUACCGGAAGUCGGUCCGUCCACACAGGGCCUGUACCGGUGUGAGGUCAGCAAUCUCCACGGGAAAGAUGCCCUAACCUACCACAUUGACGUCAUAGAGAGGUCGACCCGUGUAGACAGCGCCUGGACAUACGAGGCUAACGCCAUACCCGACAUCCCCCUAGCCGCAAACGAUCUCCUCGGAAUUACGCUCCCGUUACCACCGCCGCCGACAAGUUGA